AUGAAAAAGGUGUUUCUCCUCCUUGUGCUCCUGUCAACAGUAAAUUUCAGACGCUACACAAAUUACAACGUUAAAGUAAAGCUGAAAAACUUCUCUAACAAAAUUUACAUGUCCAGUAGAGUGCAGCUAAAAUCGACGAAACUGCAACACAGGAAGAGACCAAAAAAGAGGAAAAAAUCCGAAAUUUAUCGAACACCUGUUUUGUACCACCCCAACCAAAGGGACUACUUUAACCUGCAGAGCGAGUACACCUGCUUGCCCGAUGAGCAAGUGCUGGACUUACUCUCGAAGGAUAAACUGAAUUUGCUCAUCAGGGCGAUUAGAAGGAAGGACAACCAGGAGAUCGACAAAAUUUUGUACAAAGAUGUGAAUGAUAUAUAUUUGGAUAGCAGGUAUGUGUACUACGAUGAGGGGGGAGAAGAGGGCGAUAGGGGAGGAGAUAGAGGAGGGGAUGGAGGAGGAGAUGGAGGAUACGAUAGAGGACACGAUAUAGGAUACGAUAUAGGAUACGAUAGAGGAGACGAAGAAAAGCACACCCUGCAGGCCAACAACCGAGACAGGGAUGACCUCUUCAACGGUGGUUCAACUGAUAAGAAAAAAUGUGCCUUGCGAAAGGACGAAGAGGACAAGCAGCAACAUGGAGAAGAAAAAAAAUUUGUAGAUUUAAACAAUAUUUAUUUUUAUUUCAAAAAAGUUAACAUCACAAAUAUAAAUAAGGACAACAUAAAUGAUGACAUAUAUAAAGAGCUAGUGGAGUUAAAAAAAGUGUCCCUGGAAAAAGGAGAUCAAAUAGGUCUCAACAUGUACCGAUACUUCCUCAACAUAAUUACAAAUGUGGACAGAAUGAAAUACAUCGAUGAUUUCUAUUUGGUUAAUUAUAUAAAUAAUAUUUGGAUAACAAAAAAUGUUCACAAAUAUUUUUAUUUUUUAAAUUCCCUAUUUGAUAGAAUGAAAAAAAUUUCCUAUAAGUUGCUCCAGCUGAAUUACAAAAUUGAUAUAAUUGGACAUGAGGAGGAAGUGAACAAAAUGAAGUACUUCGAGCGGCAUGAACUCUUCAGUAAGGUUAUUAAAAAAACAAAGUUCGUUCCCAACUAUGUACUUAAACACAGCUAUGCUUACUCCACCGAUAUCAUGAAUCUUUAUCAGUAUGACAUCAAUACGAAUUCGUAUGUGAACACGUUCGAUAGCACCUAUAGGGAGAUCUGCGUCAAUGACUUCGUUGACAACUGCAGGAGGAAAAAUUUAAACAUUUGCUACGACGCCACGCGGUUCGACCCCUUUUACAGCUACGCCAGGGGUGACGACGAGGGCACCGGGGCCAAGCCGAAGAAAGCUAAGAGGAGCCACGCCGCAAAGGAUAUCAGCGCGGGAGUGCAGCCCAGCAAAACGCACGAACGAAUGCUGGAAAAACACUCCCCUGGUGAGGAAAGCCCGAAGGGCCAUAGCGAUGAACAGGCGCCCAACGAAGGAGUUAAAGAAGCUACACAAAAUCACAACAAAGGUGAAGGAUGGCUAGAAAGGAUAAAGAAGGACCCCAAUUUAAAGUACGAAUUUUUGGAAAAGAUAAGCGAACAAAUGUGCAGCGAAUUUGUAAAAAUGGGGGUCCUGGAUAACGAUAGCAAAAAAGUCGAUCUGAACAAAAUCGAAGAUAUCAAAAAUGACAAGGACAACAUUUUGUACAAAAAGGUUUACGCCAUGCGUGACUACUUUUACAACAUCAUGUAUGAUAAUUAUAAACCAAAUUUGGACAUCUAUGAAUUGGAAACCUUCAUAGAUGCAGAGUACAGAAUCUACUCGUACAAGAAAGACCUCAAUGUGCUUUUCAAAAAUUGGGUUCUUAAUGAGAACAAGGUAUUGCCAACUGUGCACUUUGCGAAGAAGGAUGUGGAACUCGCUAAGUUAAGAUACAUGUCCAAGAGAAAAAGGAAAGUGCUGGAGUUUAAUCAGCAAUUUUUUGAGCGCCACGGGGAGGGGAAGCAGAGGUACUUCCCCGUGGAGGGGCACGGAGCGCCGAAGGUGGGUGCAACUGGUGGGUCAAAAGAAGGGGCUCCCUCGGGCGAGGCUGUAACCGCAGAGUUAGGAGGUGAGUCAGGCGAAGCGGCAAACUGUGCAAGAAGCGGUGCGGGCAACGAUCCUGGUAGCGGCCCUGGCAACGACCCCGGUAACGGCCCUGACAACGGUCCUGGUAAUCGCCCCGACAACAGCCCUGGUAUCGGUGAAGACGACUCCGCGCUGAGCUUGCCAGAUGACGGAAAAGACGCAGGCCAGAAUAAAACCACGAACAAAUCAGUGAGCUGUCUCAUAAAGUGGAACGUACGCAGCGAAAACGACACAAGGAAAAUAAACGACAAGGAUGAAACAAACUUAAGUGACUCAGACGACAUUGAUGAAAACGACGAGGGGGACGACGACAGUCAUGACCAGGAUGAACCAUUCGACUUUGACAAAUAUAACAUAAAAACCAACGACUUGGAGUCGUACGGAUUUUGCGAUGAGAAUUUAAACGAUAACGAUAACGACAACGGAGAACCGUCCUUCGGCGACAUGAAUUUUGCUAAGUUGGUCAUUUAUGAUGACAACUACGAUCAGGGAGAGUUCGUCGAAACGAUCACGAGUUUGAUAACUACAUGCGAUUAUAAGAGGGCGUACUCCAUUUACAACACGUUGAAGACCAAAGGGAAGGUCGAUACUUUGUACUUCAAAAGUUACGACAAUGCGGAAAAUGUGGCCUUCCUGAUGCGCCAGUCGAAGCAGCGGAUUGUUGCCGACGUGGAGUUUCUUUAG